UGGAAAUACGCUCUCAAGAGCACUACGCUUGAAACUACUUGAAACCCUCAUAACCUACGAACCUAUGACGUUAUAACAAGGUUUUGAAAGUCACACCUUGAAGAAAACGUUGUAAAAAUAAUUCGAAAUCUGAGUGAAAAACGUAGGUAAAGAUUGGAUUUACAAAAUCACAAAUUACAGAAAGCUGAUGGAAAUAUGUUACAUUCAGCGAGACUCAUAAUCUCACUGACAACUCUAAUUCGUCCUGAUCUAACCUUAAAAAUGUUCGACCCACGCGAAGAAGGUAUCAGAGAACUGUCAUCACGUGAAUUGACGUACACCAUCCUACAGUGUAAACAUUUUGUGAAGAAUAUCAACAGUACAGCUGUUAAAAUUGAAUUGAAUUAAAUUUUAUAUUUAUUCAGGACAUGAAUACCACAACCGUGAUAGAAGUUCUGGAAAGUUACCAUGGAAGGGAUAAGGUGUUGAGAUUACUGACGUACUUAGGCAAGCUAACUUCUGGAAUUGCCUCAUCAAAAAAUGUCGCAAUCAAGUCACAAAUUUUCUCUAGCCAAAUCAGUGGUUGUCGUGUAAUUUUGCGGCUAUUAGAUGAUUUGCCCAUGUUGCAUCACGUUGUCAGCUAUGGUUGGGGCAAAUCGGAACCUGACUGGGUUACUAGAUGGGCCACUUUGUUUAAAAACUUCGUGGAUGUAAUUUUCAACCCAAUUGAACAUCUCUGCUGGGCCGGAGAGUGCAAAAUUCUGUCAGUGAACGUUGCAUUGUUGGACAUUGUCACUACUUGGUGCUGGGUGAUCUCUCUUCACCUUUCUUUAAUAAAAUCACUAAGAAAAGUGAUCCAAUUGGAAAAGCAGAAGGUUUGCUUACAACAGACUGAGAGCAACAUCGGGAUAGCGUCACGCAUGUUGGAUAUACAACAACGCGAUGAAUCACUGUCUUGCCUAAGAUUAAUCUUGGACCUGAGUUAUGCAGUGAAUUACUUACCAUCUGGAGUCUUAUGGGGAGGCAAACUCAAGACAUGGCAUGUGGGAGUGUUUGGGACUGUCUCAUCGUUAAUAGUACUGUACCAGAUGUUCAGUAAACAUACAGUGUCGAAAAAGUAAUCCAGUUCACAAUGUAACGAACGAUGAUUUGAUAAUAGUAUUGAAAAUUUUGAAAUUCAGCAAGAUGGGUAAUACAGGAUAAAAUGGGGUAGUUACUUAUCAAGAACACUUUUUAUUGUUUUCAACGACUUAGUUUGCAUUACACAUUAUGCUUCAACAAGGAUAUAUCUAACGGGAAAAGGCUAAAGCAUUAUAGAGUAUUAUUGAUAUUUGAAUAAAGCUUUGAUGUUGUUCGAAGGCUUGGUAAUGUAAAUUUCCAGUUAUUUAUUAAUGCGUAUGUUAUCCUGUAGAUAUUGAUAUCAGAAUUUUGUUAAUAUUGUUCGAAUUGAAUAUCUAUUAAUAUGUUGUUGUUAUUAUUAUUAUUAUUAUUAUUAAUAUCAAUAUCAUAAUCAUUGUUGUCGUUAAUAAAAAUGAACCAAUCAUACAGGCA